GGGCCCUAACAUUACCUCACUGUGUGAUUGUGCAGAGGGAUUCGGUGACUUCAUUUCUUUGUCUGCCGUUUGCAGUGUACAUAGCUCCUGGGAAGGAAAGGGGAUGCUCAGUCAGGAGCGGACGGUUGUUAUGGGUCUGUGAAGGCGGCAUUGUGUGUGCAGGAAGAGCUCGGUACAGGCGGACGGUAGGGAAGGCUCCUCAGCUCACACGGAACAAUUGACACCAUGGGUCGCCUGUGUGAGAGAUGCGCUCAGCUCUUCCAGGACUUUGUGAACUUUGUGAGGAGACUCUCAUCCAGGAUAGUGGAGCACAUGAAGGAGUGUAUGGCCAUGCUCAGAGAAUGCUGCUGCCUCAAACCUAAGGGCACCUCAGUCAGGGAGCUGUACCAGCCUGUGCUGCAGAACCAUGAGAAGCAGGCAGCCCAGGAGUUCCUCAAUCAUAUGGAGACAGGUUUAAACGAGUCCCCGGUAGGAAAAGAAACCCUGGAUGCUUUGAUGAUCUUGGCCUUUUCAGAAAAUGCUGACCUACAACAUUCUGCUGCCCUUUACUAUUUGCAUAUGAGCCAGCAUAUGAAUACACAGCUGCCUGCAGAGUUCCUGGAGCCAUAUCAGCCUUUGCUACAGUCUGCUGACCUGGAGGUCCAACAGAUGUCUUCCUUGUCUCUUGUGAAUUUUCUUCUUGAAGGAAACUUGAAUAAGGAGCUUGUUGUCCAAGUGGGAUUGCUUGAGCCAAUACUCGAGCUGCUGGAGUCGGGAGAUCCUGCUGUACAGUGUAACUCCUGUGCAUGCAUCAUGACUUUGGCCAUCUCUGAAACAAAUCGAGAAGCAAUUGGUAUUGCUGGAGGGAUCCUUCCUCUUCUGACAUUGGCAAAGUCUUAUGAUCCUAGAGUCCAGCAGAAUGCUGUUGGGGCUAUUCUGAACUUGACUCGAUCAGAGCGCAUUAAAAGUAUAUUGUGUCGAGAAGGAGCUCUUCCAGUCCUGACUCUGCUUCUGCAGUCAGCUGAUUCAGAAAUCCAGUACUAUAGCUGUGCCUCAUUGGGUAACAUUGCUGCUAAUCCAGAGCAUCAUAAAGCCAUGCUAGCCAUUGGUGACAAAUUCCUACUCCGGAUGCUGGUGUCUCUGAUGUCUUCCUCUGUGCAGAAGGUCUCAAGUCAGGCGUGUCUUUGUUUAAAUAACCUAGCUUCAAGUGGGGAGGUUCAAACUCACCUCCUAGCUAUGGACAUCAUGCCUCUCGUCCUUUACUUGCUCAACUCUAGCAGUAGAGAUGUCCGGCAAGCUUCCAUUACUCUUCUCUGCACCAUGUCUCAUUCACCUGGAAUCAUGGAUGUGUUGUGCGAAGAAAUGCUUCAGCAUUUAGCCAUGUUGAUGCAGACGGAGAGGGCAAACCCUGUGGUUGUGAUCCAUGCGGCUUGCACAAUCCAGAAUCUGUGCCAAGCAGAAAACAUCGAGGUCAUUGUACAAAGUCAGUGCUUUGAGGAAUUACUUCUGGCCCUUUUGGAUCCUAAUAAUGAAGAGGAAUCUCUGCAGUAUUUGGCAUCAUGCAUUGCGGACCUAACUAAACAUGGGAGAAUUGCUCCAUAUUUAAAACCUUUAAUGAAGGAUGUUGAAGACUACCUCAUGAGUUUUCUCAGUCACCCAGAGAUGAAGUUCCAGCAGAUGGGAAUUGCCACCCUGUGCUUGUUAAGUGAAGAUGCAGAGUUUUCAAUGGCGAUCAGUCAAAGUCCACUGAAGGAACAGCUUGAGCAAGUGCGGCAGCAAACAGAGGAGACUCAGACUUUGCUCCGAUUGGCCAUCAGUCACACAGACAGUUUAAGCUUAAAUGAAUGAUUGGUCUACAGACCAUAUCAAAUGUUUACAUGGUCUUCUCGGCUUGUGGGGCAGACACAUUUAUCCCCACUGACUGUUUUUAUGUAGUGUUUUACUUUCCAGCCAAGGAAGAUAAUUUGUGAUGUGGUCUUUUUAUUCUGUAAUUCUUGUCAGUGCAUCCUCCUAAUAAAAGGCAUUGGCAACAUACCUGCAGAAGUUAAACCCUGAUCCUUUGGACAGCAUCUUCCACAUACAUCACAUUUCUUCCUUAUUUAUUAUACCUGUAUGUGUUAACUGAAGCAUACCUUUUUAGUGAUAGGUUUUAUGUUAUUUUGUGUUUUUUACCAGUUUUAUUCAUUUUGAUUUGUUAAUGUAUUGUAAAAAUAUGUAUUGGUUUGGUCCUGUUGUGCACUGGUGGACAUAUAAAAAUAUAAGCCGUUAAAUAUUAA